UGAAAAUCCCUCCCGAUCACCCUUAUUUGAUUGUAUUGACAUUUAUUUUAACAUUUUUACCCUCGUUAUGGAUGGUGUACCUUUGACCCUCGCCGGUGUAAUGUUAUUUGCUUGUUUAACUGUCUUAUUUGACUUUACACUCGGUAUUUGCCUUUGUAUGUUUGAGACUUAUUAUGAGUGUUUCACUUUCCUAUUAUGUGACGCUGGACUGUUGAUAAGGUGAUGUUGUUUUACUGCGCACGACAUUUUGUUUUGGUUCAACUUACGGUUGUGCAGUGAUUUGACUGUUUGUCUUUUGACUGUCUACUGGGAACGUUUGUUUGUUGAUUUGAUUCCUGUAGGCAGAGUUUUGAUCCCUUUUGCCGGGAAUAUUCCUAUUGACCGACAGUACGUAUUUGUACCCGAGAACGUUUUGGACUGUAUAGUUACCCAACGGCACUGUUGAGUACCACAGAUUUUGUUACGAAUCUACUAUUGAAUUACUACAAACCGUGUUUUGAUAUUUCGAUCCAACCUUUGACUGUGCGUCACUCGCGGAAGUUAGGAAGCUAUACAGUAGAACGCAGGAACUAGUCAGAUUCACGUCAGUUGGCACCGCCUAGCUAUUUCCCGCGUUCAGGCCAAGAUUAUUGGAUUCUGGCCGCUACAGUACUCAACAACCCGUCACUGCUGUACCUGGCAAUCGCAAGGUGUUCCUUGAGUCAAUUCCGGACGGGGAAGGUGACAUGUCCAUGGAUCCGACCUCAGAUACCAAGCAAGUCCCUCUUGAUGUUAUUUCAUGCCGUGGCUCUGAUAAUGGUACAGUUAUUGACUAUAGUAAGACUAGUCCUUGUAGGACCUCUGCUCAGUUGAAGGUACGACAGUUGGAUGAAAGGCAAGAGUUGGAACUUCGUGAAUUCAAGGCUAAACAAAGACAGGAAAGGUUGCGUCUGCAUAAAGAACUCAACUUAGAUGUGAAUGGGGGUUUAGGUGAUACCUUUUCCUUGGAUGAUGAUAUAAAGUGUCACAAAUCAGUUUGUCUUGGCAUUGACCCUCAUAGCAGUUCUGAUCGUGAAACGACUAGCCAGGCGAGCAGCGCAGAAAACAAAGGGGUUGCCGCUACGUUGCCUUGUGUCAGUGUUGGCCAUGAGUUACCGAAAGUAGAAUUAAGCAGCUUUGACGGACAUCCAGCCAAAUAUUGGAAGUUUAUGAGGCAGUUUGAGCUCUACGUUGUCUCUAAGGUUGAUGAUGAUGGACAGAGGCUGUUAUACUUGUUACAUUACUGUAAAGGUAAGGCCAGGGAGGCUAUAGAGGAAUGCAUUAUGUUACCACCAUCUGCUGGUUAUCGUAGGGCUCGGGAUAUACUCAACGUUUGUUUGGAAGGACUCAUGAAGUCAGCCGGGCCUUACUACAGGAUCUGAUGGAAUGCUCGAACAUAGAACAAAACGAUGCUGAGGCAAUGUCGAGGUUAGCUAUAAAAAUGGAAAACUGCGCUAUAGCCCUAGAGCAAAUGGACUAUACUGCGGACCUUAACUCCUUGAGAACUUUAGAAGGUAUAGUAAAGAAAUUGCCCCGUGUGUUACAGAUGAAAUGGGCGGAGACUGUCGAAAAGCUAACUGAAACCGAACGAGAACCUACCUUCGCAGAGUUAACGCAGUUUGUGUCAGCACGUGCGAGCAUUUUGCUAAGUAGGUUUGGACAGCUGGCAACAAGCAGUCGACGACCAGAUAGUAAAAUAGCAUGUUCCACGCAGCAGCUAGUACCCGUUGGGGGAGUCCUGAAACCUUCAUGUAUAUUUUGUGGAGGGAACCAUGUAGUCACAAAAUGUACCACAUUUCUGUCGUUACCGGUGGAUGAGAGAUGGUCGAAGGCUAAAGAAACAGGUUGUUGUUUUUCAUGUCUUAAAAGGGGCCACAGGUCCGUAGAAUGUAAAAUUCACAGGGUGUGCAGUGUAGAAGGUUGUAAAGCAUACCAUCACCCUCUGUUACACAAGAAGACCCACCACGCCGUAGGCGAACAACCGGAGAAAGGUAGUUGUGGAUGCACUGAGUCUCUCAGAGAAAGCGUGUGUUUGGGCCUACUCCCGGUACGUGUAAAGCACGGUAAUAAAGAGGUUUACGGUUAUGCUAUCUUGGACAAUGGCUCUGAUACAACUUUGAUCACGAAAAAUGUUUUGCAACUUCUAGGAUUGUCGACUGACGGCACAAAGACUAUCAUCAAAACUGUUAGUGGAAGUAGAUUGGCGGACUCAGUCAGCAAGCCUUUCGAAGUUUAUUCACUAGACGGAAACGAAUGCAUACUUAUAGAUCGAGCAGUUGUGGCAAGAGAUCUCCCAGUACGGAGACCUAAAGGGUCGAUGCGAGAAAGUAUUAAAAGGUGGCCGCAUCUGACUGACGUACCCUGGACAGAGGUGGAAGACGGGGAGGUAUUGCUGCUCAUCGGUUGCGAUGUACCUGAGGCUCACUGGGUUCUAGAUCAGAAGUUAGGGGGCAGAAAGAGCCCAUAUGCUGUGAGAUCAUUGUUGGGCUGGGUCGUGUUCGGUCCGACAAGCUUUCGUGAGCACAGGGAGAGGGUUGUGAAUUGUACGUCUCGGUCAGAUCUAUUAGUCGAUCAAUGGAAGAAAAUUUACGAUUAUGAGUUCAGCGAUUUGUACUCGGGAGAUAAGUCGUUAUCUGUCGAUGACCUAGCCGCUGUAAACAUAGUGCAGCGAGGUACUUAUUGGGAUAAUGGACAUUUCGUUGUCCCCUUGCCCUGGAAAAUGGAGUCCAAGAGAGUAUACGGUGGAUGCGAAGUAGCCAGGCGACGUUUGGAGAGUUUGAAACGCAGACUAAUAUCCUCUGAAAGCCUUCGCGAAAGCUACACUAGCGCCAUGGAAGAGACCAUCAGAAAGGGAUAUGCAGCAGUAGCUCCUGAGCCCCAGCUUGAUCCUAGCUACCGCCCACGAUGGUAUUUGCCGCAUCAUGCCGUAUUUAACCCCAAGAAACCGGGGAAGGUAAGAGUUGUGCUGGACUGCGCUGCCAAACUGUCCGGAACUUCUUUAAAUGACUUCCUGUAUCAGGGACCAGACACGACAGCGAACUUGGUUGGAAUAUUAUUGCGUUUUCGCAAAGAACUGAUUGCCCUGACGUCCGAUGUGGAAGAAAUGUUUAUGCAGGUGAAAGUCCCAGAGUUUGACCGAGGUGCUCUGCGGUUCCUAUGGUGGCCUCAGGGUGAUUUCUCGAAGGAACCUAUUGAAUAUCAAAUGACGUCACACCCAUUCGGUGCAGUGUCCUCACCGUUUUGUGCGUAUUUUGCAAUGGCCAAGACUGCCGAGACGUAUGCCAACGAUUAUGAUAGUUAUGUGGUGGAAGCAGUGAAGCAUAACUUUUAUGUUGAUGAUUGCCUAGUGUCCUUUGCAAGCCCAGGUGAGGCAAAAACGUUCGUAAAACAGUCCACUGAGUUGUUGUUACGUGGUGGCUUUAAAUUGAAGAAGUGGGUGACUAAUUCAGAGGCAGUGAGAGUAGUUCUUCCUGGUCUGAGCCACACAGAGAACUCAGUCGACUUACGUGUUAGUCAAGGCUCAAUCCACAGGGCCCUAGGUUUGGAAUGGGACACCAUGCAUGAUGUUUUUAAGUUCCGAUUUGAACCCGUCGAAAAACCCUUCACGAAGAGAGGACUACUAUCCACCGUCUCAGCUCUUUUUGACCCACUAGGCCUCAUCGCCCCAGUUUGUCUUCCGGCCAAGCAGCUAUUGCAGAAUCUUUGCAAAUCUCAUGCUGGUUGGGAUACACCCCUGAGUUCCAAUGACCUAUCCCUAUGGAUGGAUUGGAUGAGGUUCAUGAAGAAUCUUGGGCAAAUCUCCGUACCCAGAAGUAUCAAGAAGGAGGAUAAGAGUGAGAUGAGUAAGAUUGAGUUGCACUUAUUUUGCGAUGCCUCUGAAUCUGGUUAUGGAGCGGUGGCUUAUUCGUGGAACGUUCCAAAAAACACGCCACCCUACAGCAUACUGCUUUAUAGCAAAUCCCGGGUUGCCCCUCUGAAAACGGUGACAGUGCCGAGAUUAGAGUUAGCUGCGGCAGUAUUGAGUGUACGAAUGAGUGAAAUUUUGAGGAAGAACCUCCCAAAUAGCUUUGACAAGACUUAUUUUUGGACAGAUUCUAUGAUUGUUUUGUACUAUAUUAGAAAUACAGAGAGUCGGUAUAGUACGUUUGUGGCCAACCGUCUAGCCAUUAUUCACCAGUAUUCAUCCCCAAAUCAGUGGGGGUACGUUAAAUCUGAAGAGAAUCCCGCAGAUUGGACAUCAAGAGGCAUACGAAAAGCGUGUGAAUUAGCGUCUUGGAUUCAGGGCCCCUCUUUUCUGGGAACCCGACAGUUUUCAAGUACCACAGACCUCUGCUGGAAGGAACCACCGAAAAAUGUCGAAUUGAAGAGGUCGGUCCGAACAAACACAAACGUUACUGAGCUCACUGCUGAUCCGAUUUUGGCGUAUCAUUCGGACUGGGUGAGGCUGAUUAAAGCUGUGGCAUGGCUUAAGAGAUAUGUGGUCUACAUAUCCGUUAUGUAUUCGCGUCGCCAAGGUGUGUCACUGAAUGUUGGCUAUCUAACAGCCGAUGAACUGGAAGCUGCUAGACAUAAAGUAUUAUGUAUGGUACAACAGGAGGUAUAUGGAGAAUUAAUAAAGGAACUCCGAGAAAAGGGUAGUUGUGAGACUGAAGAAGGUGAAUUGCAAAGGUUGUCACCUAUACUUGUGGAUGGAUUGGUCUGCGUCGGUGGGAGGUUGAACUAUUCCGACUACCCACUUACUUUUAAGCAUCCGGUUAUCCUCCCCAGACAUCACUUCGUGACUGAGCUGAUCAUAAGGCAUUAUCAUAUUAUAGAAGGACAUACUGGUACUUCGCAAGUCCUGGCCACUCUACGAAGAAACUAUUGGAUAAUUAAGGGGAUCAGUGCGGUCAAACGGGUGAUAAGAAAGUGCAUAGAGUGCCGACGAUUGAAAGCUGCACUGGGUCAGCAGAUGAUGGCCCCUUUACCGGUCUGUCGCGUGCAGAAAGGAUGGUUUUGCUUCUCAUCAGUGGGAAUUGAUUAUUUUGGACCACUCAUGGUUCGCCAGGGAAGGAGAGAGGAAAAGAGGUACGGGUGUGUGUUUACUUGUCUCCAGACGCGAGCCAUACAUUUAGAGGUAGCUUUCAACCUAGGCACCGACGCCUUUAUAAUGGCUGUAAUGAGGUUCAUAGGAAGAAGAGGAACACCUGCAGAGAUAUACAGUGAUAAUGGUUCCAACUUUGUUGGAGCGAUUUCGGAACUAAGACAACUGGUGAGUGUGUGGGAUAGACGACGAAUCAAUGAUGCCAUGGUGUCAAAGGGGAUACGAUGGAGUUUCAACCCCCCGCAAGCGAGUCAUCGAGGUGGGAUAUGGGAAAGGAUGAUACGUUCUGUACGCAGGUUAUUGAUGGUCAUAUCCAAAGAGCAGACUCUGCAUGAUGAUACAUUAGCCACCUACUUCGUGGAAAUAGAAAGAAUUUUGAACAAUCGUCCUAUUGUUCCCAUGACGACCGACCCAAAAGACGAGUUAGCUCUCACUCCCAAUAGCUUAUUGUUAUUGAGAGAUAGUGGAGGAAUAGUCGUGGAGGGCACUAUUGCCGAUAAUUACGUCAGACGUUGGAAACAAGUUAAUUACUUAGCUGACGUAUUUUGGCGCCGAUGGAUGAAAGAGUAUCUACCAUGCUUGCAAACUCGUCAGAAGUGGUUGGGAAGGAAAAGAAAUUUCAAGGAGGGAGAUGUGGUGAUUGUGGCCUCUGAAAAAACACCACGUGGUUCCUGGCCUUUGGGAGUGAUCGAAACAUGCGAGAAGGACGAAGACGAUUUAGUAAGAACUGUGAUGGUGCGUAUGAAGGAAGGUACCGUGAGAAGAGAUAUAAGAAAGCUUUGUCUUCUUGAGGGAGUAGAAGAAAGAUAGAGUAUGCAGACAGCUAGGUAGAUAGAGCCACGGCUGAAUACACAGAGGUGUUUUGCGUGUCUGGAGGGAUUUUGGUGGCCGGUGUAAAGGAAAAAUGAUCUGAAAAUCCCUCCCGAUCACCCUUAUUUGAUUGUAUUGACAUUUAUUUUAACAUUUUUACCCUCGUUAUGGAUGGUGUACCUUUGACCCUCGCCGGUGUAAUGUUAUUUGCUUGUUUAACUGUCUUAUUUGACUUUACACUCGGUAUUUGCCUUUGUAUGUUUGAGACUUAUUAUGAGUGUUUCACUUUCCUAUUAUGUGACGCUGGACUGUUGAUAAGGUGAUGUUGUUUUACUGCGCACGACAUUUUGUUUUGGUUCAACUUACGGUUGUGCAGUGAUUUGACUGUUUGUCUUUUGACUGUCUACUGGGAACGUUUGUUUGUUGAUUUGAUUCCUGUAGGCAGAGUUUUGAUCCCUUUUGCCGGGAAUAUUCCUAUUGACCGACAGGUAUUUAACAGUUGUAUUUUUUAACCAGUUUUUACCGUGUAGUACGUAUUUGUACCCGAGAACGUUUUGGACUGUAUAGUUACCCAACGGCACUGUUGAGGUAUUUUUGUAAUUUGACAUAACUUAUUGUUGCUUUGAUAGUACCACAGAUUUUGUUACGAAUCUACUAUUGAAUUACU